AAGGGCCGCAGCGAUGAGCCGGAAGGAGAAGAGGAAGGGCAUCAAGAAGAUGAAGCGGAAGCAGGCCAGGAAGGACAUCGCUCUCAAACAGCGCCAGGAACAAGAAGAGGAAGAUCCUCAAGACCUUAUCCUCAUCGAGCAAGAGGAGGCCAAGAGGUCCGAGGCUGUCCGUCUCAUCUUUGAGGACCGAGAGAGAGCUUGGCUUCAAGCCAUGGAGAUUCGAAAACAAGAGGAACUUCGAAUUAAGGCUCUCGAAGAAGAACAACAACAGAUUGAAGACGGUGACGAUGAUGACUGGGAGUAUGUAGAAGAGGGACCUGCUGAAAUCAUUUACAGGGGAAAUGAAAUUACUAUCAAGAAGAAAAGAGUCAAGGUUCCAAAGAGGAACAAAGUCCAGCAGGAGGAGGAUUCUGACCGACCUACAUCAAAUCCUCUCCCUCCACAAUCCCAAGCUAUUGAUGAUCACAAAAAUUCGUCUUUAUCAGCGCAGCAGCUGAUUCAGACACAAGUACCGCAUUUUGGAACUGAACAGGAUAAAGAUCAUUGUCCUUUCCAUUUGAAAACUGGAGCUUGUCGGUUCGGUCAACAUUGCAGCAGAGUCCAUUUCUACCCUGAUAAAUCAUCCACACUGCUUAUCAAGAACAUGUACAAUGGUCCUGGCCUUACUUGGGAGCAUGAUGAGGGGCUUGAGUACACUGAUGAAGAAAUUGAGCGCUGUUAUGAAGAAUUUUACGAGGAUGUUCAUACAGAGUUCUUGAAGUUUGGAGAAAUUAUAAAUUUCAAGGUGUGCAUAAAUGGUGCAUCCCACUUGCGGGGAAAUGUGUACAUACAGUACAGUGCACUGGAGUCAGCACUGGUUGCACAUCAAUCUAUCAAUGGUCGCUACUUUGCUGGGAAGCAGAUAAGUUGUGACUUCAUCAAUGUGACGAGAUGGAAGGUUGCCAUAUGUGGGGAAUAUGUGAAGUCGAGGUACAAGACAUGUUCCCGUGGUUCGGCAUGCAAUUUUAUCCACUGUUUCCGCAAUCCUGGUGGAGACUAUGAAUGGGCUGAUAGUGAUAGACCACCCCCAAAAUAUUGGGUGGAAAAGAUGGUUGCGUUAUUUGGUUAUUCUGAUGCAUAUCAGAAACAGAUAAUGGAGGAUAACACUGGACAGAUGAAGAACACUAGAAUGUCAAUGACGGAUUCGCGGAGGUAUGUUGUUCAGAGAUCCAGUUCUAGGGACAGGAGUUACUCAAGUUAUACUGGUUCUGGUGGAAGAUACGAUAAUGAAUAUUAUGCUCCGAAAGGCACCGGCCACCAGAGACCUUCAGGUGAAGAGAACACUUACUUGAAGGACUAUAAUCACAGGAAGAAUAGAAAGUAUUAUAUUGAAUCGGAUGGAGAAUUCUUGGAUACGGAUGGAGAUAUGGACAGAGAUAUAUACCAUGGUCACAAACGGAAAAGCUCAAGACAAGAAAACAGGGAUCAGACGAACAAAACCUCUGAAACUGAAUCUGAUGAGCAUUUAUUGGAGAGGGGACGGAACAGACUAAACAGACUAACAGAGCACUGUAGCACCAGGAAAAGCUCAAGCCAACAAGGAAAAGCAGGGGUGCGUCAUGAUUAUGGUGAUUGUGAGAAAAAAGUUCAUGAAGUUGGAGAUCGGUCAACUAGAGACAAAGACAGAGAGUCAUACCAUGACAGCAGGAGAAGUUCAGGACACAAGAGAAAAGUGGGAUAUGAUCACAAAGACCAGAAGUGUAAAGCUCAAGAUUCAGAUGGCGAGUGGUCAGACAGCAUCAGGAGAGGUGAAGAGCACCAUGCGAUAAGGAAAAGCUUAGUGCAUAUUGGCAAUUCUUCUAAAGGCUCAAAAGAACGAGAAAGUUCCGGCUGGUCUUCCACUGCUGAAUUGAGUGAAGAGUUGUUGGACAAAGAUGCAGAAAAAGACACUGGUCAUGCUAACAAACAAUCAAAACACUGGGAUAAAGUGGCGGAUGGUAAUCGAGCCGCAGCGCAAGAUGUGAAACACGCUAGGGGCCAUUUGAGUUUAAACACAAAGGAAGCAGACUCUCCUGUUAAAAUUUCGAAAUCAUAUGAUAAUAUUGACAAACAGGAUCGCUGGGAACCUGAACAUAACUCUGAAGUAAAGGCAGGAAACUCGGAAAGCCAUCAAUCGAGCGACUUUGUUUCUAAAUUGUACUGUGAUGAUAAAGUUGGCAAGGUGGAACAUCGUUAUGAAGCUGGAGAGGUGACCAGCUCGAAACACCAAACGUCCAGGAGACUAUCUGCAAAGAGCAAUGGUGAACGUGACAAUGGAAAAAGAUCAAGAGGUAGCAGCAAAUCAGGCUAUAGGAGACGCUCAAAUAGCUCGGAUGACGUGACGGAUUCUUCUGAAGAUAACAAAGAAACAAGUAUACUCAAUAAGCACCAUGCCACCCAUAGGUCGGGCGAUCAGAAACGGCGUCAUAAGAAAACUCGAGUAUAACAUUGGGAAUAUACAUAUCAGCCUCUCAUCUAAGCUAUCGUUGAUAUUGUUAUUCUUCGCCUUAAAACUGAGAUAAUAUAUUGUAUAUUAUUGCGUAAUAAAGAAGUGUGUGUAACGCA